AUGCCAAUCGCCGCUGCGCCGCUCACCGCCGAAGGCGGCGUGGCGUUGCUGGUCGUCGCGGGGAUCUUCGCGACGCUGCUCUGGCGGCGUUCCACGCCGGUUGAGCUGCUGUUCCUCGCCGGUUUGGCGGCAGUCACGCUCGCGGGAGUCAUCGAUGCCGGAACGGCGCUCAGCGGCUUCGCCAGCCCGCCGGUGCUGUUGAUCGGGGCGUUGUUCGCCGCCGCCGCGGGGCUGCGGACCACGGGGGCUCUCGACUGGAUUGGCGGAGUCCUGCUCGGCACGGCGAAGACCGAGCGGGCCGCCCUGUGGCGUCUGACGCUGGUCGCUCCCGCGUCGGCCGUCGUGCUCAACACGCCGCUGGUGGCGAUGCUCGCCCCGGUCGUGAUGGACUGGUGCCACAAGCGGGGCGUCUCGCCGUCGCGGCUGCUGAUGCCGCUCAGCUUCCUGACGAUCCUCGGUGGCGUCGGCACCGUCAUCGGCACCAGCACGACACUCGUCUGCAACGCGCAGAUCGCCGAUGUCGGCCGGGCGAUGUCGACGCGCGCCGUCGAAGCCGAGGGCGCGAUGCUCGCCGAGGUCCGCGAGAUCGGGCUGCUCGAGAUCGGCUGGGUCGGUCUCCCGCUGGCGUUGCUUGGGAUCGUCUACAUGAUCUUCGUUGCGCCGCGAUUGCUGCCCGACCGGACCGGCGUGAUCGAGGACCUCGGGGAUCGCCGCCGCGAGUACCUGGUCGAGAUGCUGGUGCAGCCGGGCUGCGGGCUCGUCGGGCAGACCGUCGAAGAAGCAGGCUUGCGGCAGUUGCCCGGCUUGUUCCUGAUCGAGAUCAGCCGUGGCGCCGACGUGAUCACGCCGGUCACGCCGCGAGACGUCAUCAAGUCGCACGACCGCAUGGUCUUCACCGGCGUGGUCGGCACGAUCGCCGACUUGGAGCGGAUUCCCGGGCUCGUGCCGGCAGUCGACAUGACGUACGAGUUCCGUCCCGCCGACCGCGCGAGCCGGCAACUCGCCGAGGCCGUGCUCUCCAAGACGUCGCCAAUCGUCGGGCGCACGGUCCGCGAAGCCAACUUUCGACAGCGCUACAACGCGGCGAUCGUCGCCGUGCACCGCGGCGGCGAGCGUCUGGGGACGAAGAUCGGCGACAUCCGCCUCGAGGCGGGCGACACCCUCCUGCUGCAGACACGCUCGGGCUUUGUCGAGACACAUCGCAACAGCCGAGACUUCUACUUGGUUAGCGCCGUCGGCGGCUCGUCGGCACGGCGACACGACCGAGCGUUGGUGGCGGGCGGGUUGUUCCUGCUGUUGAUUGGCUGGUUGGUGGCGACCGCGCUGUCGGUUGGCGACGCCAUUGGUUCGCCGGCGUGGUUGUCGCCCGACAUCCAGCCGGUGGCCGGUGUGGCGGUCGUCGCCGCGAUGAUCGUCGCGCGUUGCAUGACGGUCAGCCAAGCGCGGACCGCGAUCGACCUGCAGGUGUUGAUCACGAUUGCCGCCGCGAUCGGCCUGGGAAAGUCACUGACUGAGAGCGGCGCCGAUCGUUGGAUCGCCGAAGGCGUUGUCGGAAUGGCUCAGGCGGCGCCGCUCCCGGAAGCCUGGCUGCCGUGGCUGCUCUUGGCGGCGGUCUACCUGCUGUCGAUGGUGCUGACCGAGGCGAUCACCAACGCCGCGGUGGCGACGAUGAUGAUCCCGCUGUCGAUCGGCAUCGCCGCCGAGGCGGGCGUCAACCCGCGGCCCUUCAUCAUGGCGGUGGCGAUCGCGGCGUCGCUCAGCUUCGCCACGCCGAUCGGCUACCAGACCAACCUGAUGGUCAUGGGCCCCGGCGGCUACCAGCCGCGUGACUUCCUGCGUGUUGGCGGGCCGCUGGCGCUGCUGAUCGCCGCUGCCGGGAUCGUGCUCAUCGGCCUGGUCUGGCCGCUACCGAUGAGCACCCGCACUUCGUUGUUCGCCGUGGCCGCCGCAGCAGGGCUGGCCCUGCUGCUGUUCUCGUCGCCGGAAACCGUCGCCCAGCGGACGGCGCCGGCGUCGCGCCCGGCCGCGUCGCCCGACCUGACGCCGGACGAGCUGGCCAACAUCCGCGUCUACGAGGCGGCCAAUCGCAGCGUCGUUCACAUCACGACCAGCACCGUCCAGCGCGACGGGUUCGGCUUCGCGAUGGAGGGCGAGGGCGCCGGCUCCGGCUGCGUGCUCGACAAGCAGGGGCACGUUCUCACGAACCACCACGUGAUCGACGACGCGACUCGUGUCAGCGUCGCCCUCGCGAACGACCGCGUCUACCCGGCGGAGGUCAUCGGUUUCGACGAGGAGUACGACAUGGCCGUGCUCAAGGUCGACGCGCCGGCCGACCAGCUCGACCCGAUCCGCUUGGGUCGCAGCGACAACCUGCGUGUCGGUCAGAAGGCGUACGCACUCGGCAACCCGUUCGGACUGGACCACACGCUCACGACCGGCAUCGUCUCGAGCACGAACCGCUCGCUUCCUAGCAGCAACGGCGGCCGAGUGAUGACGGGCAUGAUCCAAACCGACGCCGCGAUGAACCCCGGCAACUCCGGCGGGCCGUUGCUCAACACCUCAGCCGAGAUGAUCGGCAUGUGUGUCGCGAUCCGCAGUUCGGUCGGCCAAAACUCGGGCGUCGGCUUCGCGAUCCCGAUCGACCGUGUGAAGCGGUUCCUGCCCGAACUGAUCGAGAAGGGAAAGGUCGUCCGCGCAUACCACGGCAUCGUCAUGGUCAACGAGACGCCGCGUGGGCUGCGCAUCGCGCGCGUCAGCAAAGACGGCCCUGCCGAUCGCGCCGGCCUGCGCGGCUUCUCGUUCACAAGGAAGCUGUACCAAGACCCGUUCGGUCGCCGGCGCGUCGUGCUCGAAGAAGACCGCGACGCGGCCGACUACAUCGUCGCGAUCGACGGUCAGCCGAUCGCGACGCACGACCAGUUCAUCGCGAUCAUGGACGGUUACGCGCCGGGCCAGCGCGUUGUGUUCACGCUGCUGCGCGACGGGCAGACCGUCCAGUCGGCUGUGACGCUCGAAGAGGACGCGGGUCCUCGGGCCGCCAAUCCCCGACGCCGCGUGGCGGCGGUUGUACGACCCCCCAAGAGUCGCACCGAGCCCCGCGUACGCCGCGUCGUCCCGAGCGACUGGCACGCGGAUUACGGCCAGGCCCUCGCCGAGACGAAGCAAGCCGAGCAGCCGCUGCUGGUGGUGCUCGACGCCCCGGGAGACGAGGCCCAGAGCCUCAACCCCGAACUGCUGAGCGCCGAGAGCGGCGCGUUCCCGCUGAACAGCUACGAGGUCUGUCGCAUCGACGUGACGACCGACUACGGCAAGGAAGUGGCGAAGGUCUUCAACGUGACGGAGUUCCCGCACGUGGCGAUCAUCGACAAGACCGGCUCGGUCAUCGUCCGUCGCGUCCGCGGCGAUGUCACCACGAGCCAGUGGAAGUCGAUCCUCGCGCAACACGAGUCGGGCCUGCGUCAGGGCCGCACCCGCUACACCGUCGCCAAGCCGGUGAUCAGCGAGGCGUCCACGUCGGCCGCUCCGGUCUCGACGCCGUCGUACUCGACGCCGUCGUACUCGACCAGCGUCACGAUGCCGGGCUCGUCGGUCGAGUACGCGAUGCCGACCUCGUCGUCGUACUGCCCGAGCUGCCAGCGUCGCUGA